GACCAAUCAGAAGACGCAGCGCGGAGUCAGAGGGGACAGAGACUGCAGAUAAAAUGUUUGACUUCCAUCUAUCCUCUCAAACCAUCCUCCUAAUCCUCGCAGGACCUUCAACAACCUGCGCUUUGAGUUUGGAGUCUCACCUCAGCUCCCACGGACUCCCACUGGAUCCAUUUUCUGUGGGAUUCAGCUCGUGUCGUGACGGGGCCAACCUGUUACUCCGUGGUAGGACGCGCGUGCCGUGUGCGUCUGUGUAGAAAAGUUUCCACGUCACAGAACGCUUCUAAAGUAUUUGUGGACUUAUAACUACAAGAAAAGUUGGAGUUCUCACCUGACAGGGAGUCAGGAACCAUGACAGCUUUGGCAGGAGGUUUACCCAGAAUGAUGAGACCCGCUCCUCAUCAGAACUACCCGAGGGGGGGAUACUCUCUGGAAGUGUCCACUCCAUUAGGACAGGGCCGGGUCAACCAGCUCGGUGGGGUCUUCAUAAACGGCAGACCUCUCCCCAACCAUAUCCGACAUAAAAUCGUAGAGAUGGCCCAUCACGGAAUCAGGCCGUGCGUCAUCUCCCGUCAGCUGCGGGUGUCCCACGGCUGCGUGUCCAAAAUCCUGUGUCGGUACCAGGAGACCGGCUCCAUCAGGCCGGGGGCCAUCGGAGGCAGCAAACCAAAGCAAAUCGCCUCUCCAGAAGUCGACAAGAAAAUUGAAGAGUACAAAAGAGACAACCCAAGCAUGUUCAGCUGGGAAAUCAGAGAUAAAUUACUGAAAGAUGGGAUCUGCGACAGGAACAACGUCCCCUCAGUGAGCGCUAUUAGUCGCAUCAUGAGGUCAAAAUUCGGCGGAGUUGGUGACGAUGAUGAGGAUGAUGAUGAGGUGGUGAAAAGGGAGAUGGAGGAGAGCGAACCACGGACCAAGCACAGCAUUGACGGGAUCCUGGGAGACAGAUCCAGUCAUUCGGAUGAGGGCUCUGAUGUGGACUCGGAGCCCGGCCUCCCUUUGAAGAGGAAGCAGCGUCGUAGUCGGACCACCUUCACAGCAGAGCAACUGGAAGAGCUGGAACGCGCUUUCGAACGCACGCACUACCCAGAUAUCUACACAAGAGAGGAGCUGGCUCAGCGGGCCAAACUGACAGAAGCUCGAGUUCAGGUGUGGUUCAGUAAUAGAAGAGCUCGGUGGAGGAAGCAAGCAGGAGCCAACCAGCUAAUGGCAUUUAACCACCUCAUCCCCGGUGGUUUUCCUCCGUCCGCUAUGUCGGGCCUGCAGCCCUAUCAGCUGUCCGACACCCCUUAUCCUCCAACUUCUAUAGCUCAAGGUUCUGAGCAGCCCAGUACUGUCCACCGACCACAGCCUCUGCCCCCCACCUCAGUGCACCAGAGCAGCCUCAGCUCAUCCGCCAGUUCCCAGGAUGGUUCUGCAUACUGCUUGUCUUCUGGACGUCACGGCUUUUCAGGAUACUCAGAGAGCUUUGUGGCUCCCGCAGGACAUACCAACACUGUCAACCCCACCAUCAGCAACAGCCUCUCACCACAGGUGAUGGGACUACUGAACCCAGGUGGAGUGCCACAUCAGACCCAGAGUGACUUUGCCCUCUCCCCGCUGACUGGAGGUCUGGAGCCCAGUGGGGGCAUGGCUGCCAGCUGCCACGGUUCCCAGCGUCUGGAGGCACUACCAGGCUUGCCUAGCAUGCCCACUCUGCCUAGCACCCAGUCUUACUGCCCACCCUCCUACACAUCCCCGGCCUAUGCUGUGGACCACCACCCAUCCUACCAGUAUGGACAGUACAGUCAGAGCAAGGUGCCUUUCAUUAUAUGAAGCCUCAGCAUGGCCUGAUGCUUCCUCCGGUCAAUCUGACAUUCAUUGCCAGAGACCCCCCCCCCUACCCCCACCCCCACUCAUGCCUUUGCUAAAACCUCCCCGGGCUGGAGGACACCCAGAGGAUUGGGUGGGUGGAGGAUUUGAGGGGUUCGCCCUCAGCAAGAGAACCAGUGUAACGGGUGUAGUUACAGCCACGGUGGAGGUUGACUGGAAUAAUCAGGACCAAAGGCAGAACCUCUCCUGUUACCUGGCACUCACUUUGUGCGUCACGUCACGCUCCGAGGACAAAGCGUGGCUCGUUGUACAUGCUCCAAGAGGAAAAAUGGACAAGGGGGGAAGAGGGAGUAAAUACAUUCAAGAUUCUGUAUUUGAUUUUUGUAAUAAGUGGCAGAAAUGCAAGUUGAAGUGGACUAUGAUAAGGGUGGAUUCAUAUCAUUGAUAGAUCCGAUGAAAACAUGUUGAUACUUCAAGUAUUUCCUCAACACAGUGUCUUAUGAAUAAUGAUAUUUACUUUAUAUGCGUGUAACUUUUGUGUAAGACAUUGACAAACUGAAGAUCAAAAUGUGACUACACAUGUACAACCAGCAGAAGGGCACAAACUGCAGCUGAGUGGAGUCGGAGUGGAACCACUGCAACCCAAAGAAGUGCAAUACAUUCAUACCUCAUAUGAUGUAAAUUAACACAGGUCAACAUCCCUGAUUAUAUGCUAAAAAAAUAUGCUCUCUCGUUUCAUCGUCAUUCAUUUUGAGUUAUGUUGAUCUUUGAUCAGUCAGGGGAAAUCGUAAAGUAAUUAAAAAAAA